AGAAAUGGUAGUUGUAGAGGAAAUAAUACCUACUUCAGUAAUAAAAUCUCACUUGCAACACACACAAUCCUGCGUCGGUAUAAAUAACAAGGUUUUAAUUACUAAUUUGCAUAGUGCAUCUCUGCAUCUACAAAGGCACAUCGCCAUGAGAACUAUUUUAAUAUUAUCGUACUUGGGAGUGGCAUUGGCCGCGUCCCUAUCGGGCGACAAGGAUGCCCCCAUCCUCAGCCAAACGCAAGAAGUCAACUUCGACGGCACGUAUCAAUCAGCAUUCGAAACGGGAAACGGUAUCUCGGCCCAGGAAAGUGGUUCACUGAAAAACGCCGGCAACAAGGACGCCGAAGCUGAAGAGGUACAGGGUUCGGUUAAGUACACGGCACCGGACGGUACCGCCAUUCAGCUUCAGUAUUUGGCCAACGAGAAUGGCUUUCAGCCGCAAGGAUCUCAUUUGCCUGUGGCACCAACUCCACCACCAAUACCGCCGGCCAUCGCCAGGGCUUUGGACUGGAUUGCGGCUCAUCCGCAGAAGGAAGAGUCUCCCAGAGGAUAAAUGUGUGUGAAAUGUGUUCUUAUAAAUAUAUGUCUUCAUUGAA